AUCAAGGAGCAGCAGCAAAGCCAUCCUUCGGCUUCCUGAGCUCCAGUUCCUCCAGCACAGUUGUACCCACCACUUCAGCCAACAGCAGCAGCGUGUUUGGCAGCGCCAUCUCUUCCUCAAAUCCUCAGCCGGUUCCCGCUCCCUUCGUGUUUGGACAACCCAGCAACACUGUGAGCAGCUCUGUUUUUGGCAAUUCGGCAGAACCUGCAGCAUCUCAAUCAUUUGGCUUUUCUCAAGAAAACAAACCAGCAACCACAUCUUCCAGCACUGGUUCGACAGUUGCCGCGUUUCUCUUUGGUUCGGGAGCCAGCAGCACCAAUGCAGCAAAUUCAGGCUUUUCCUUUGGAGCCACAACCACCUCGAGUUCAACAGGGUCGUCCUCUUCAUUUCUGUUUGGCUGUGGGCCUCCAGCACCUGCUGCCGGCACAGCAUUUGGCACCAGCCAGCUACCAGCUUUUGGCCAGAGCCAAGGGUCCAGCCAGCCAAGUUUUGGGUCGCUGUCGACACCGUUGUUUUCAGCUGGCGCUCAGCCUGCUCCCCCUGCCUUCGGCUCAGUGACGAGCAGCACACAGCCCUCUGUGUUUGGACAGCAAGCGAGCCAGCAGCCAGGAUUUGGCUCUGGUACCCCCAGCACUGGUUCAGUAUUCCAGUUUGGAAGUAACACUUCUAAUUUCAACUUUCCAAAUAACCCAGGAGUGUUUACUUUUGGUGCAAAUCCUCCUGCACCAGCAGCACCGGCACAGCCUUCUGGCUCUUCAGGAUUUUCGUUCAGCCAGCCUCCAGCAUUCACAGUGGGGACUAAUGGGAAAAAUGUUUUCUCUGCCUCUGGAUCUUCAGUUCCUGGUCGGAAGAUAAAGACUGCAGUUAGACGUAGAAAAUAACCGCCCGGUUGGUAAAGCAGCUUUGGAAGCAGCUACUACCUUGCAUUGUUCAGCUGUUGGGAUCGUACCUCAUGCUGGGUUAGCUGAAGUCAGAUCUGCCUAAAGGAAUAGAAAACUCUGCUGCCCUUCCCUCCCCUCCCCUCUCCCCGGUUAGAUUCUUUUGGUAAUGAGUAGCGUUGGCAACGGGGCCGUUCUCAAGCAAAACUUUUAGACUCCAGCAAGUUCCUUCUUUCAGUGACUCGGCAUGGUCUGGCUGUAGCCGUGAGCAGAGCCUGCACAGUGAAUGGCUUGUACAAUACCUCCUCAUCUGCACCACUAUGUGCGCUCAUCUGCGUUUACUGACGCCUCGAAAUUGUAAUUAUAUCGGCGAGGGAUGCUGUAUAGAGUAGAGAAUGUUGAUAACGAAUGAUUUCUAUGCUGAGUUUGUGCUGGUGUAUGUGUGAAGUGAGUGAGUUUGAGUGUAUCGUGCACUAAAAUUUUCUGAUAGAGGAAGACUGAUUAAAGGAUGAUCCAUGCUAAGGACUUGUUAGAUCUGUAGUUCUUCAUUUAAUAAUUAUACGCUAUUUCUAUAUUUUCAUUCUUACAGCCCUUUAUCACCUGUCUCGCCUUUGUUAUUUUAUUAUGAAACAUGUGUAAAUACAAUUUUGUUUCUCUAUGUACUUUUUUGGCAUAACAGAUCUGUGAAAUGGAAAUUUUAAUUUUGUGUGUUACAGCCAUUUUGUUUAGUAUUGUCUCAGAUUUUAUGUAAAUCCCAUUAUUCAAAGUUGCCUAAAUCCAUUUAGAAAAUCUUUAAAAUUGGGAAUUCUUAAAGUAAGUUUAUUGGCUUUUCUGAUCCAUUUUUGUUUGGACCAAAAACCAGUAUUGUACAAAGUAUUAAGUAUAUAUUUUUAUAUUUACUGAAAUGGACUGUGGUGACUUUGGAUAAUAAGGAAAAGUUUAAUAUUAAAGCCAUGUUUAUUACAGUAUAAUUAACAUGUUAAACCAUGGGAUAAAUGCCAUCAAUAAAAACUAU